AUGGUGAUACUGAGAAAGAGAGCCCGAACCCUAGAAACUCCAUCGAACUCCAGUAAUCAUCGAAUCAGCGAUAAUGGCGAAUCCCAGACGCAGACCAACGAAACCCACAAGGUUUCAGGCUACGAGCAGUCCAGAGAGGAGAGAAUCAGAGAGAAUCGUGAGAGAAUGCAAAAACUCGGCAUUGUUGAUCUCUCUCUCAAACUCAACUCUCUCAGUUCCGCUCAGAAAAGAAGCCACUUCAAUCGCAGAACUCCUCAGCGUCUCUCUCCUCUGCCGGGGCCUUCUGGACCCCCUCGCCGCUCUUCCCGGUUGCAGAAUACAACACCAGUUAGCUACUCUGAAGCACCUUUGGCUAAGAAAGAUAAAUCCUUGGAUGGUGAAGCUGAUUUAAUAGGGGAGGGAUCCAGGCCAGAGGUUUACACAGAAGAACAUGAAAAGCUGCUGGGAAGCACUGAGAUGAGUUGGACUCUAUUUGUCGAUGGAUAUGACAAGGAUGGGAGGCGAAUUUAUGAUCAAGUCAUCGGAAAAACUUGUCAUCAGUGCAGGCAGAAAACUCUUGGUCAUCAUACUCACUGCAGCAAAUGCAACUUGGUUCAAGGACAGUUUUGUGGAGAUUGUUUAUAUAUGAGAUAUGGGGAACACGUUCUUGAAGCAAAACAGAAUCCAAACUGGCUUUGCCCAGCAUGUCGUGGAAUUUGCAACUGCAGUUUGUGUCGUCAAGCUAAAGGAUGGCCUCCAACUGGCUCUCUCUAUAGGAAGAUUUCACAACUGGGCUUCAAGUCAGUUGCACAUUAUCUUAUUCAAACCCAUCGAGCACAGACCAUUCCAGGAAAAAUUCCAGGUACUAACCUUCCAGUUUCUGCAAAAAGAUCACUGCCCUUCUCAGAUAUGGAAGCAAUGUCCAAGGAGAAAGAAUCUCCUGAGCCCAAGGAUAACCACCAAGGUUUGGUAAACCCUAAUGAAGAUAAUAAAACAGAUGACGAGUUCAAAAGCAAGGAAGAGGAAAUUCAAUUUCCGAAGAGUGAAUAUGGUGAUUGCAACACUGCAAUAGAGACUAGCUCAGUGCCUAAAAAGAAGCCUACACCUGCCACUGUGCCUGAGUUUGAAGACAACAAAACAGAUAACAAGUCCAAGGAUAAGCACCAAGGUUUGGUAAACCCUAAUGAAGACAAUAAAACAGAUGACGAGUUCAAAAGCAAGGAAGAGGAAAUUCAAUUUCCGAAGAGCGAAUAUGGUGAUUGCAAUACUGCAAUAGAGACUAGCUCGGAGCCUAAAAACAAGCUUGCACCUGCCACUGAGCCUGAAUUUAAAGACAACAAAACAGAUAAUGCAUCCAAGGGUGAUAAAGAUGAGAAAAUGCAUUUCUUGGAUGAUGAACAUGGUGUUAACAAUGUUGCACAGUCCGCACUUGCCACUGAGCCUGAAAUUGAAGACAACAAACACAAGUCCAAGGGCUAUAAAGAGGAGAAAAUGCAUUUCUUGGAUUACGAACAUGGUGAUAACAGUGUUGCACAGAGAAGCAUUCCAAAAUCCAAGAAACCUGUUGUUACUCGUGAACCGGUUCCAGAUAGCAUAGCUGGAAGAUUAAGGCAGAGGCGUAAAAGCAAUGGGCUUGAUAAGGGGUUGAUAGGGAUGAAUGAGGACACUCUGGUUGUUAAGCAAAUUGUAAUCGAUCUUUCAUCAGAGAAUGAAGCAGAGCCUAACAUGAAUCAUUCAAGUUCCACCAGUUCAUGUGUGGACAGCAUCUCUGGAUGACUGAGGUACCACAUUAGGUUUUUUUUGGUCUGCCAGGAUUUGAAAUCCAGUGGUUUUUGUUGCCUGUUCGGCAGAACUACUUAAUGUUGCAUGACAAGUCUUUUUGUAUGUUUGAAUGUGGUUUGCAGCAUCUGGGUUCCGUCCAACUUCUCUCUUUUGUAAUGCUAAAAUGAAAAUGAGAUGCAGAA